AUGGAUAUAAAUGAAAGAUCAAUUACAUGUUCUGUUUGUUUAGAUAUUUUUUAUGAUCCAGUAACUAUUGAAUGUGGUCAUUGUUUUUGUGAAUAUUGUAUUCAAUAUACUAUUAACCUUAAUGAUAAAUGUCCAAUAUGUCAAAAAAAUGUUGAAUAUGAUCCUAUCAACAAUUAUUCUUUAAAUAAAUAUAUUAUUGAUAAAAUAAAUAAUGGUUCUAUAGAUAAUUUAUCAAUUAAAAAAUAUAAAAAUAAAUUAGUUAGUAGAAGAUAUGACUUAGCCCUCCUACGACAAGCCAUGAUUGCACUAUUUGAAAUUUUAAAGUUUACCAAUUAUAAAUUUCCUAUUGAUCAAUUAAAAAUAAUUUGGAAAAGAAUGGUUGAUCUUGAUUUAAAAAUCCCUCCUCCAAAUGAGACAAUGCUCCGGGCAGUGGAAGAUAUUUUAGAAAUGCAGAAAAAUAAUUAUAUUAAACUUAUUUCACAUAGUGGUAAAAUAUUAGUUGUUAAAGCUUAA